UGUCGGUUUCCGCGCGAAAAGCCAGAGCUGCCUGUGCUGCCGACACCUCUGUUGCAGCUUCCAAGAUGCCUGCCCGAACCGCCCCGGCCCGGGUGCCCGCGCUGGCCUCCCGGGCCAUCUCACUGCCGGACGAUGUCCGCAGGCGGCUCAAAGAUUUGGAAAGAGAUAGCUUAACAGAAAAGGAGUGUGUGAAGGAGAAAUUGAAUCUCUUGCAUGAAUUUCUGCAAACAGAAAUAAAAAAUCAGUUAUGUGAUUUGGAAACGAAAUUACAUAAAGAAGAAUUAUCAGAGGAGGGCUACCUGGCUAAAGUCAAAUCCCUUUUAAAUAAAGAUUUGUCCUUGGAGAACGGAGCUCAUCCUUUCAGUCGGGAAGUGAAUGGAUGUCUAGAAAACGGGAGUCAUUCAAGUGGUGAGGACCGCAGAGUGAGAAUGGCAGAGGAAAACAAGUCGCCCAAAUCCAUGUCCAAACCUUGCACGCCCAGGAGAAGCAAGUCUGAUGGAGAGACCAAGUCUGAAGUCUCACCUAGUCCCAGGAUUACAAGGCAGUCUACCAGGCAGACCACCAUCACCUCUCAUUUCACAAGGGGCCCUGCUAAACGGAGAUCCGAGGAAGACCCUGGAAGAGCCCAUGUGGACAGUUCUGGCGAUGAAGAAGAAAAAGAGCAGACUUACAAGCUGCCAAACGGAAAUCUGAGAAAGAUUCACAGGAUUCUGACGGAAAAGAUGAGGAUGAAAAGCAGAGCUGCCAAACGGAAACCUGAAAAAGAUUCACAAGAUUCUGACGGAAAAGAUGAGGAUGAAAAGGAGGAGAAGAGACGCAGAUCGACAUCCAAAGAUCCUGAUGAGAAAAAAGUAGCUCAAGCCAAAACAGUGCUGUCUCCCAAGAACCAGCUUCAAAAGUGCCUUCAGUGUGGACAGUAUCUGGAUGACCCUGAGCUAAAGUACGAACAUCAUCUCCCGAAUGCAGUGGACGAGGUACCCAUGUUGACAAAUGAAAGACUGUCCAUCUUCGAUGCCAAUGAAUCUGGCUUUGAGAGUUAUGAAUAUUUUCCUCAAAACAGACUGACAUGCUUCAGUGUGUACUGUAAACAUGGUCACCUGUGCCCCAUUGACACUGGACUCAUUGAGAAGGAUAUUAAGCUCUACUUUUCGGGUUCAGCAAAACCGAUAUAUGAUGAUGACCCGUCUCCUGAAGGUGGUGUUAAUGGCAAAAACCUUGGCCCCAUCACUGAAUGGUGGAUCACUGGCUUUGAUGGAGGUGAAAAGGCCCUCAUUGGCUUUAGCACGGCCUAUGCUGAAUACAUUCUAAUGGAGCCCAGCCCAGAGUACUCACCAAUGUUCAGCUUAAUGCAGGAGAAGAUCUACAUAAGUAAGAUAGUCGUUGAGUUCCUGCAGAACAACCGUGAUGCGACCUAUGAGGACCUGAUCAAUAAGAUUGAGACCACGGUUCCUCCUUCCACGCUCAACCUGAAUCGAUUCACUGAGGAUUCUCUCCUUCGACAUGCUCAGUUUGUGGUGGAACAAGUAGAGAGUUACGAUGCGGCUGGGGACAGUGAUGAACUGCCCAUCUUCCUGACCCCCUGCAUGAGGGACUUGAUCAAGUUGGUUGGGGUCACCCUAGGAAGAAGAAACGAAAAACGUCGAGCCAUCAGUCAUUCCACCAAGGAGAAGGACAAAGGCCCCACAAAAGCGACCACCACCAAGCUGGUCUACCAGAUCUUCGACACUUUCUUCGCAGAGCAAAUCGAAAAGGAUGACAGAGAAGACAAGGAGAAUGCCUUCAAACGCCGGCGGUGUGGCGUCUGCGAGGUUUGUCAGCAGCCCGACUGUGGAACGUGUAAAGCCUGUAAGGACAUGGUUAAGUUCGGUGGAAGCGGCCGGAGCAAACAAGCCUGCCUAAAGAGGAGGUGUCCCAACAUGGCCAUGAAGGAGGCAGAUGACGACGAAGAAGAGGAUGACGAUAUCCCAGAGAUGCCGUCGCCCAAAAAAAUGCACCAGGGGAAGAAAAAGAAACAGAACAAGGACCGGAUCUCUUGGAUUGGAGAGGCUGUUAAGACUGAUGGCAAGAAGACUUACUAUAAGAAGGUGUGCAUUGACUCAGAAACCCUGAAAGUGGGGGACUGUGUCUCUGUUAUUCCAGAUGACUCUUCAAAGCCACUGUACUUAGCAAGGGUCACGGCGUUGUGGGAGGACAGCAGCCAAGGGCCGAUGUUUCACGCCCACUGGUUCUGUGCCGGCACAGACACGGUCCUGGGGGCCACAUCGGACCCCCUGGAGCUGUUCCUGGUAGACGAGUGUGAGGACAUGCAGCUGUCAUACAUUCACAGCAAGGUGACGGUCGUCUAUAAAGCUCCAUCGGAAAACUGGGCCAUGGAGGGAGGCAUGGAUCCCGAGACCCUGAUGGAAGAGGACAAUGGGAAGACCUAUUUCUACCAGCUGUGGUAUGAUCAAGACUACGCAAGAUUUGAGUCCCCUCCAAAAACUGAACCAACUGAGGACAACAAGUACAAAUUCUGCGCCAGCUGUGCCCAUCUGGUUGAGAUGAAGCAGAAGGAAAUUCCCAGGGCCCUGGAGCUGCUCGAGGACCUGGAGGACCGGGUUUUCUACAGCUCAGCCUCCAAGGACGGCAUCCAGUACCGAGUGGGCGACGGCGUGUACCUUCUCCCGGAGGCCUUCACGUUCAACAUUAAGCUGUCCAGUCCUAUGAAACGCCCACGGAAGGAGCCUGUGAAUGAAGACCUGUAUCCAGAACACUACCGGAAAUACUCGGACUACAUCAAAGGCAGCAACCUGGACGCCCCUGAGCCAUACCGAAUUGGCCGCAUCAGAGAGAUCUUCUGUGUCAAGAAGAACAAUGGCAAACCCAAUGAGACAGACAUCAAGAUCAGACUGAACAAGUUCUACAGGCCGGAGAACACCCACAAAUCCACUCCAGCAAGUCACCAUACAGACAUCAACCUGCUUUACUGGAGCGACGAGGAGGCCGUGGUGGACUUCAGCGAUGUGCAGGGCCGCUGCACUGUGGAAUACGGGGAGGACCUACCCGGGUGCUUGCAGGACUUCUCAACUGGCGGCCCCGACCGCUUCUACUUCCUUGAGGCCUAUAAUGCCAAGAACAAAAGCUUUGAAGAUCCUCCCAACCAUGCCCGUAGCCCUGGAAACAAAGGGAAAGGGAAGGGAAAAGGGAAAGGCAGGCCAAAGUCUCAGACAAGUGAGCCAAAGGAACCCAAGGUGGACAUUCAGCUGCCAAAACUGCGGACCCUGGAUGUGUUUUCUGGUUGUGGGGGGUUAUCGGAAGGAUUCCACCAAGCAGGCAUCUCACAGACACUGUGGGCCAUUGAAAUGUGGGACCCUGCGGCCCAGGCGUUCCGGCUGAACAACCCUGGGUCCACUGUGUUAGAGGUGACCAACUCCCUUGGCCAGAAGCUGCCUCAGAAGGGAGACGUGGAGAUGCUGUGUGGCGGGCCGCCCUGCCAGGGCUUCAGUGGCAUGAACCGCUUCAACUCUCGUACCUACUCCAAGUUCAAGAACUCUCUGGUGGUCUCUUUCCUCAGCUACUGUGACUACUACCGGCCGCGGUACUUCCUCCUGGAGAACGUCAGGAACUUCGUGUCCUUCAAGCGCUCCAUGGUCCUAAAGCUCACUCUCCGCUGCCUGGUCCGCAUGGGCUAUCAGUGCACCUUUGGCGUGUUGCAGGCUGGUCAGUACGGCGUGGCCCAGACACGGAGGCGAGUGGUGGACGACAAGAAGUUUGUCAGCAACGUAACUAGGCUGAGCUCAUGUCCCUUCCGAACCAUCACCGUGCGGGACACAAUGUCUGACCUUCCUGAGAUCCGGAAUGGGGCUUCAGCGCUGGAGAUCUCGUACAACGGGGAGCCCCAGUCCUGGUUCCAGAGGCAGCUCCGGGGCUCGCAGUACCAGCCUAUCCUCAGGGACCACAUCUGUAAGGACAUGAGCGCAUUGGUCGCCGCCCGCAUGCGGAAUGUCCCUCUGGCUCCGGGCUCAGACUGGCGUGACCUGCCUAACAUCGAGGUGCGGCUCUCAGACGGCACCAUGACCAGGAAGCUGCGGUACACCUACCACGACCGGAAGAACGGCUGCAGCAGCACGGGGGCCCUCCGCGGGGUCUGCUCCUGUGCGAGCGGCAAAGCCUGCGACUCCACGGCCAGACAGUUCAACACCCUCAUCCCCUGGUGCCUGCCCCACACCGGGAACAGGCACAACCAUUGGGCCGGCCUCUACGGGCGGCUCGAGUGGGAUGGCUUCUUCAGCACCACUGUCACCAACCCCGAGCCCAUGGGCAAGCAGGGCCGUGUGCUUCACCCUGAGCAGCACCGUGUGGUGAGCGUGCGGGAGUGUGCUCGCUCCCAGGGCUUCCCGGACACCUACAGGCUGUUUGGCAAUAUCCUGGACAAGCACCGGCAGGUGGGUAACGCCGUGCCGCCACCCCUGGCCAAAGCCAUUGGCUUGGAGAUCAAGCGCUGUAUGUUGGCCAAGGCUCAAGAGAGUGCCUCAGUUAAAAUCGAGGAGAAAACUAUCGAGGAGGAGGAAACUGCCGAGGAGAAGAAGACUGCCGAGGAUUAGUUUCCCCCUCCCGCGCCUGUGUUUCUGGCAACAGGGAUCCCCAAUGUGCACUGAUGUUGUGUUUUUAACAUGUUGAAAUCUGUCAGUUCAAAUGUGUUGUACACGGUGUUUGUGGCCUUGGCUGACAUGAAGCUGUUCUGUAAGGUUUGCGUACCAACUAAUGACUUAGUGAUCGAAUUGUGCAGUACUUUGUGCAUUCUGAAUUUUAAAAGUUUUUUAUUAUGCAUUAUAUCAAAUUUACCACUGUAUGAGUGGAAAUUAAGACUUUAUGUAGUUUUUAUAUGUUGUAAUAUUUCUUCAAAUAAAUCGCUCCUAUAAAUCA